GAUGCUGGGGUUAUGUAUCGUAAAGAUCGGGAGUCUUACAAUUCUAUUGUCCGAUCUCAAGUUGAAUCUUCAAAGAAAGACAUUCCUGAAGGAUUAAAGAUACCUACUAGUGCCGAUGAUUUUGUUCAAAAACAACGUCAUACUGAGGAUGAACAUGAUGAAAAUUUUUG